AUGGAUCAAGGUGCCCUACUUAAGGAUCCUUCUAUCUACAGAAGACUCAUUGCGAGGCUUCUUUACCUCACCAUCACCAGACCAGAUUUAGCAUAUUCAGUCAAAUUGCUUAGCCAAUUCAUGCAAGCUCCUAGAGUCCCACAUUUAAAUGCUGCUCAUAAGGUGCUAAGGUACAUAAAGAGAGCUCCAAGACAAGGCUUGUUGUACUCUUCACAAUCUAAUCUACAACUUGCGGUGUAUUGUGAUUUGGAUUGGGGAGCAUGCCUAGAUACACGAAGGCCUGUGACAGGCUACUGUGCCUUUCUUGGUCCUUCCCUAGUAUCUUGGAAAUCUAAGAAGCAAAACACUAUCUCUAGGUCCUCAACUGAAGCUGAAUAUAGGGCCAUGGCAAGAGCUUGCUGUGAAUUAACUUGA